UAUCCCGAGGUCCCCUCCGCCACAUUCUUCACCGCCCUGCUCUCGCUGCUGGUGUCGGGGCCCCGCUUGUUCCUGCUGCAGCCGCCUCUGGCACCGUCGGGGCUGUCGCUGCGCUCCGAGGCCCUGCGCAACUGGCAAGCCUCUGUGGAAGGAGAGGCCAGAAUCACAGAUGAGGAGACACACUGUUAAGUGACACCCACUCAGUCAUCCCUGAAGCUGUUCCAAUUAAUUAACCCUCAGACUGCCCAGUGAGUUUACAGGCUGGUGACCUACAUCUUCGUCUAUGAGAACCCAGUCUCCCUGCUCUGCGGUGCCAUCAUCAUCUGGCGCUUUGCUGGCAACUUCGAGAGGACCGUGGGCACUGUCCGCCAUUGCUUCUUCACCUUCAUCUUUACCGUCUCCUCCGCCAUCAUCUACCUGUCAUUUGAGUCGGUGUCGUCGCUGUCCAAGCUGGGUGAGGUGGAGGAUGCCAGAGGGUUCACCCCUGUGGCUUUUGCCAUGCUGGGAGUCACCUCAGUCCGCUCUCGGAUGAGGCGGGCCCUGGUGUUUGGUGUGGUGGUGCCCUCCGCCCUGGUGCCGUGGCUGCUGCUCUGUGCCUCCUGGCUCAUUCCUCAGACCUCCUUCCUCAGCAACGUCUCUGGCCUUUUGAUCGGCCUAUCGUAUGGCCUCACCUACUGCUACUCCCUCGACCUCUCUGAGCGCGUAGCCCUGAAGCUUGAUCAGAAGUUCCCCUUCAGUGUCAUGAGGAGGAUCCCCCUGUUCAAGUACAUCUCAGGUUCUUCUGCCGAAAGAAGAGCCGCCCAGAGCCGGAAGUUGAACCCUGCACCUGGCUCCUACCCCACGCAGAGUUGCCACCCUCAUCUAACCCCAAGUCACCCUGUCACCCAGAUGCAGCAUGCAAAUGGCCAGAAACUGGCCUCCUGGCCUCCCGGACACAUGCCCAGCCUCCCUCCCUACCAGCCUGCUUCUGGCCUGUGUUAUGUGCAGAACCACUUUGGUCCUAACUCCAAUGCCUCCGGUGUAUACCCUGCUUCUGCAGGGACCUCCCAGGGAGUACAGCCUCCCUCCCCUAUCAGCUGUCCUGGCACUGUGUAUUCUGGGACCCUGGGCACCCCAGGGGCGACAGGCUCCAAGGAGUCUUCCAAGGUUGCCAUGCCCUAGCCAGUCUGCAGAGAAGGCUCCUACAUGUUGGGCAGAGAAAGGUCCUGUCUGAGGGAGGAAUUGCUUAAGGAUUAUGUGUUGAAGGGCAUGCUGGUCUGUCAUCCCAGCUGCUUGGGAGGUUGAAGUCAAUAGAUCCAAAGGUCAAGGUCUGUCUGGGCUCCAGAACAAGUUCAAGGCCAGCCUAGGCUAUGUAUAACAAGACUGUCUCAAAAUUAAUAAAAAUGGCUGGAACUGG